AUGGCGGAUGCGUCCACAAACUCCGGAGACGGUUCGACGAAAAUCACGCCAGAAAUGCUCCAGAAAACGCUGCAGUAUUACAACUUAACGCGCGAGGAGUUUAUCAACACGUACAACAUCCAGCCGCUGGUUUACAUCCCGGAGUUGCCGUACUGCGCGAAAACCACGUUCGUGAUUCUCUACGUGAUUAUUUUCGUCCUCGCGCUCGCUGGGAAUAGUUUGGUGAUCUAUAUUAUCCUGAAGAAGCGCGCGAUCCAAACUGCCACGGACAUUUUCAUCUGUUCUCUGGCGGUGAGCGACCUCCUCAUCACUUUCUUCUGCAUCCCCUUCACGCUCCUGCAGAACAUCUCGUCGGAGUGGUUCGGAGGCGUGCUGGUGUGUAAGACCGUGCCCUUCGUCCAGACCACGGCCAUCGUGACGGGCAUCCUCACCAUGACCUGCAUCGCCAUCGAGCGCUACCAGGGCAUCGUGUUCCCGCUGCAGAUGAGACGCCAGUACUCCUCCAAACGAGCCUACAAGAUGCUAGGCCUGGUGUGGAUCGUCUCUGUGAUCGUGGGGUCGCCCAUGUUGUUCGUGCAGCAGCUGGAGGUGAAGUAUGAUUUCCUGUACGAUCAUUACCACGUGUGCUGUCAGGAGAGUUGGCGCUCGCUGACGCACCGGCAGGCGUACACCACGUUCAUCAUGGUGGCGCUGUUCCUCCUGCCUCUGCUCACGAUGCUGUUCCUUUACACGAGAAUCGGGAUCGAGCUCUGGAUCCACAAACGCGUCGGCGACUCCUCCGUCCUCAACACCAUGAACCUGAGGGAGAUCAACAAGAUAUCAGGGAAGAAGAAGAGAGCCGUUAAAAUGAUGAUCACUAUCGUCCUUCUGUUCACUGUGUGCUGGGCUCCUUUCCACACCGUGCACAUGCUCUUUGAAUACAACGACCUGGAGAACAAAUACGACGGCGUGACUGUGAACAUGAUCGUGGCCGUGGUCCAGGCCAUCGGCUUCUUCAACAGCUUCAACAACCCCAUCGUGUACGCCUUCAUGAACGAAAACUUCAAGAAGAGCUGCGUCUCCACCCUGUCCCACUGCCUCCGCAAACCCGGCCACCACCAGCAGGGCGGCGCCGCGGUCGUGCCCAAACUCAGCGUCCAGUUCAUCAAACCCCAAAGCCGGGAAGCCUUCAUCGAGUCGGCGAGCACCUCCAAGCAAAACUCCAACGACAACAAUCCGCUGAUGUUGUCGCAAGGGGAGACCUCCAAGAGGAUUCUGGGAGAAAAGAUAAACACGAUACAAACGGAGCUACCGGCGAAUAGUUCCUCUUUGGUCAAAUGA